AUGCUAGAGGAGCCGGAGUGUGGGGCGCCGGGCGCCAGGGGAGCCGCCGCAGCCAUGGAUUGCAAAGACAGACCAGCAUUUCCAGUCAAGAAGUUAAUACAAGCUCGCUUGCCUUUCAAGCGCCUGAGUCUUGUCCCCAAGGAGAAGGCUGACGGUGGCUCAGACGAUGUGAGAAGCUCUCAGAGUGCUUCUGUGCCAAGUAAAGCCCCUGACUUGGAGACCUCUUUGGAUAACUUGGAGAAUGACUGCCAUGCUGGUUCAGAUGCUGAAUUUAGACCAAAACUUGUAAAUGGGAAGGGUCCCUUAGAUAACUUUUUAAGAGCCAGAAGUGACACUGGUGAGACUAUGGUCCUGAUCGACCUGACAGAGGACUCAAAUGACCAGCUGGGCAGCCCUGUGGACCACAUUCAGUGCCACUCUGAAGCCUCUCCCUCCAGAGAGGCUGUAAAUGUCGGAGAGAAAAACAAAGGUCAGAGGGGCCUGCCGAAGGCCAGUCAGGACGACAUGUUGGCAUCUCCAGAAGAGACCCUUCCCAGCCUUCUGUGCCACACAGAGGAAAACAGUGGCUCAGGAGACGCAGAGAGACAUGGAGAUGUGCAGAAAGGCUCACUGCAAGGCUGCUUUGAACUUACUGGUGGUCAGAGAACAUGCUUCCAAAGGGAACAGCUGGGGUGGAGCAAGGCGAGGGACAUCCUGUUCAAAGGGAAGGUACCUGUGGUGGUCUUGCAGGACAUCCUGGCAGUGAAACCUCAGGCCAAGUGUCCCCAGACAGCACCAUUGGACGAGAGUAUGGCCUGGGAGAGUGAGGGGUUGGGCUCAUGCCCCGAAGAAGACUCUAUCCUCAGCCACUCGUCCCUGAGCUCAUCUUCAUCUAUCAGUUCACCUGAGGGACAGUCUGCUCCCAGAAAACAGCGUGGUAGCAUCAGCCCCUUACCUGCCUCCGCACCUACCUGCAGAAUAACUAAGAAAUGCAUCAAAAGUUCUACAGAGAAGAACCAGAUAAGACUGCAAAGAGACAAAGACCGCUUGGGCAAGCAACUGAGGUUACAAGCAGAAAAGGAAGAAAAGGAGAAAUUGAAAGAGGAGGCCAAACGAGCCAAGGAAGAGGCCAAAAAGAAGAAAGAAGAAGAGAAAGAGCUGAAAGAGAAGGAAAGACGGGAGAAAAGGGAAAAAGAUGAGAAGGAGAAGGCAGAGAAGCAGAGGCGCAAGGAGGAGAGGCGCAAGGAGAGGCGCGAGGCACUCGAGGCUAAACUUGAGGAGAAAAGGAAAAAAGAGGAGGAGAAACGGUUAAAAGAAGAAGAAAAGCGCAUUAAAGCCGAGAAGGCCGAGAUCACCAGGUUCUUCCAGAAGCCAAAGAUUCCACAAGCCCCCAAGACCCUGGCUGGCUCUUGUGGCAAGUUUGCCCCGUUUGAGAUUAAAGAGCACAUGGUUCUUGCGCCGCUGUGCCGGAUGGCCUUCGAUCAGGACCUCUGUGACCAGUUAGACCAGCUCCUCCAGCAGCAGAGUGGCAGCUUCUCCUUCCUGCAAGAUCUGAGGGGUCGGCGGCCCCUCAGAUCCGAGCCUACUGUUGUUUGUAACCGGAACACGGGCGCCUUCAACAGCGAUGUGGUGAUUGUGGAGAGUGGCGAAGCAGAUGGUGUUCCCGAGAGGAAACAGUUUGGCAGGAUGAAGCUCCUACAGUUUUCCGAGAACCAUCGGCCAGCAUACUGGGGCACGUGGAAUAAGAAGACGACAGUCAUCCAUCCGAGAAACCCCUGGGCUCAGGACAGGAAGCUCCUCGACUACGAGGUGGACAGUGACGACGAGUGGGAAGAGGAGGAGCCAGGGGAGUCCCUUUCCCACAGUGAAGGGGACGAUGAUGAUGAAGUGGGAGAGGAUGAAGAUGAAGACGAUGGCUUUUUUGUGCCCCACGGGUACCUAUCUGAGGAUGAAGGUGUUACUGAGGAGUGUGCUGACCCCGAGAACCACAAAGUUCGCCAGAAGCUGAAGGCCAAGGAGUGGGACGAGUUUCUAGCCAAGGGGAAGCGGUUCCGGGUCCUCCAGCCAGUGAAGAUCGGCUGCGUCUGGGCAGCUCAGAGGGAUGGCUGUAGUGUUGCUGACUUCAAGGUGCUGCAGCAGUUCACGGUGUGCCUCCUGGACACAGUGCCCCCGGAGGAGGAGCAGACACCCAAGGCCUCCAAGAGGGAGAAGAGAGACCACCAGAUCCUGGCCCACCUGCUCCCCCUGCUGCAUGGCAACGUGAAUGGGAGCAAGGUGAUCAUCCGAGAGUUUCAGGAGUGCUGCCGCCAAGGCCUGCUCGGCAGGGACGCUAGCAGCCCCGAGCGCAGCUCCGCCAGCCCCCCGAGCCCCGGCUCCUCCCGCCCACAGACGCCCACCGCUGGUGAGGACACUGCGGUCCCCUCCAAGGCCAGGCUCAAGCGGAUCAUCUCCGAGAACUCAGUGUACGAGAAGCGGCCCGACUUCAGGAUGUGCUGGUACGUCCAUCCGCAGGUGCUCAAGAGCUUCGACCAGGAGCACCUGCCUGUGCCCUGCCAGUGGAGCUAUGUGACCGCAGUGCCUUCAGCCGCCCGGGAGGACGGUGGCGGCUGCCCCACGGUGGUGCCCAGCCCAGCCACGCCGCUCUCCACGAAGAGGAAGUCGGCAGGCAGCAUGUGCAUCACGCAGUUCAUGAAGAAGCGCAGGCACGACGGGCAGGUUGGAGCCGGGGACAUGGAUGGCUUCCAGGCGGACACAGAGGAGGAGGAGGAAGAGGAUGGUGACUGUAUCAUGGUGGACAUCCCAGAUGUGGAGGAGCCCCAGGCCCGGUGUGGCACCCCGUCGGGAGCUGUGGGGUCAGUGGGUGUGGACACCUGUGAGGGCCCCCUGCCUGUGAGCAGGCUCCUCCUGUCAUGA